CCGCCAUUUUAGUGCUACACGACUCCAUUGCGGCGUAUUUUGCGAAGUGCUCAAAAGCGAAGCGGACGCCGAAUCUCUUGAAAAAAAAGAAGCCUCCGUUCUUUCCUUCUUAAUCCGUAUUUAAAAUACACAAUGAGUGACAGAGAGGCUACUAGGUCUCCUGGACAUAAACCCAUCAACGAUCGCGAUCAUUCUCCCCACGGAAGAAGAGAAGAGUCUCCUAGGAAUCAUAAAACUAAAAGCUAUUCUAGAAGUCCGAGCCGCGGUAGAAAAAUGUCCUACAGAGAUGAUCGCGACCGUGAGCGUCGUAGGGAUGGAGGAGGAGACCGCGACGGUGGUCGUCGUUACAGGUCCCGCAGUCGAUCACGCUCAGACAGACGUUACAAGUCCUCUCGAUACUCCCGUAGCCGAUCCCGUUCAGGUGGUUACGGCCGGCGAUCUCACUCACAUAGCCCUAUGUCUAGCCGUAGGCGUCAUAUGGGGACCCGCGACAAUCCGAAACCUUCACGAUGCCUGGGCGUCUUUGGUCUCAGCGUCUACACAACUGAGGACGAGCUCUACCACAUUUUCUCCAAGUAUGGACCAGUUGAGCGCGUACAAGUUGUGAUUGAUGCUAAGACCGGCAGAUCGAGGGGGUUCUCUUUUGUCUAUUUUGAAAACACAGAGGAUGCUAAAAUUGCCAAGGAGCAAUGUACAGGGAUGAAAAUUAAUGGAAAGAGUAUUAGGGUGGAUUAUUCAAUUACAGAACGUGCUCAUACACCUACACCUGGUAUUUAUAUGGGAAAACCAACAUAUAUCAGUGACAAAUGGGAUAGACGUAGGGGUGGUGAUAGAGACAGAGACGAUUACUAUGGAGGUGGAGGAGGAUAUAGAGGAUCGAAAUACAGCCAUCGAAGGUCUCCGUCACCAUACUACAGGCGACGACGCUAUGAUCGUUCCAGAUCAAGAUCGUACUCUCCUCGUCGGUAUUAAACUUCCCGGACGGUUCCAGACAAAUAAAAUAAUUUCUGGAUUAAUAUAGCUGUAAAAAAGUAAUCGAAAGAGGGAAAGUUUAUAAAAAACACCAAUCAAUUAUUGUGCCCGCGCUCUGGCGUUAAAUUUACUUUAGUUUUUCGUUCCUUUAAUUUGCUGUAACCAAUUUUGCUAUUAUUACCGUUUUUUACUAGUUUGUAUUAUUUGUUUUGCGUUUUUAUUACAAUACAUAUAUGCAAAUGCAAAAUAUGUAUAUGCAUUUAUGUAUCUCGUGUGUUUGUAUGACUUGAGCCUAAGUUGUUCCCUCUUUUGCAACCUAUUCAAGUUUUGUACGUAUGUUGCAUAACUUGUUUUUUACCAAAAAAACGGAAUAAGUAGAUUUGAUUAGACUCAAUAGUUUUCUUUUUGUUAUUGACAAAAUUUUUUAUGGAUACCGAAGUAUGAAUGUGAAGAAAAAUUAAUGGUUCAAAAAACGAAUAAUAAGGAAAUGUUAUUAUAAUAAACAGCUCAGACGAUUUCUGUUUUUAUUUAACUUUACUUUAUUUGGUUUUAUAUAAUUACACAUUUCUAAAUUGUACAAGGAAUCCAAUAUAGUUUAUUAAUAAUUGUUCAAUAUAAUCUUGAUAUGUGAAUCCUUUAGGUAAGCAACUGAAUAAACAAUUCCUUCCACACUAAUAUUGUUUUCCUUUGUUUUAAAAAGGGUUAAGAACACGUGGUAUUGGAUGAAAUUGAAGUAUGUUUAAAGAAAUUGAAAUUGCAUUUAACACACUGAGGCGAUAUUUCACUAAGAAAAUGUCAGCUAUGAAAAAACAGUCGAAAAAGCAAACCGUGCGAAACCAAGAGAAUUGAAAAUUUUCUUUAGAAGAAUUUUUUGCAACUCUCUUGAAGAAUCCGUUUUGCCUGAAGACAUCAGACCGCUCGCAACGGCAAGCUCUCUCACUUUCAGCAAGAGUCUGAUGACAAACAAUCUUACAGUCAAUAUCAAAUUUCGCGUGUUUUUUUACAAAAAAAAACUUGCCGUUUUCCUGAAAAAUAAUCAAAAUAUUACUAGGUCUCAAGAGCAAACAAGAAUCUUUUGCUGUGGAUGUGUUCAAGCUCCCUCAAAACAGAAAACAAAAUUCACGUCUUCUCGCUACCCACCAAUCUAACAUUACGAGCGCUUCUUUCAGGUCAGACUGAGCUUUACUUUUUUUUCUAGUUUUUUUUCUUAAUACAGCAUCCCUAGUAAUAAUAGAUUUUAAAUAAGCACAACAGAUUAUGUGUGAAUAAAUAUUCAAAACAA